CUGAGCCGGGCCGCGGGGCUCGCUGCGGGAGCCGGAGAGACGCGUGGAUGGGCAGCUCCGCGCCGGAACCAGCCGCGGCCCCCCAGGUACCCCUUCUUACUUGCUGAGACAAAAUAUUUCUGGAAGUGCUGUCUCUGGAAGCUGCUCUUUCCAGAAAUGACAUUUCAAUGCCAGUUUAUCAGCAUAACCAGUGCACCUGCUGUGGCAGAGUAGGAAGUGCUUCUGGAACUGAUGUAGGUCUUAAGGAGGAACUUUGCAUCACUACAGGUGCAAUGUAAUCUUAUGGGUUAGUGCCUUGGAAGCCAGCAACAGAACUACUGUGUUCAAAAUGGUUUAUGGUGAAUUUUUCCAUAGACCUGGGAAAGAAGAGGAACUUAUCCACUUGAAUGUGGGUGGCUUUAAGCAAUCAGUUGAUCAAAGUACUUUGCUCCGAUUUCCCCAGACCAGACUUGGAAAACUGCUCAAAUGCCAUUCUGAAGAGGCUAUCCUGGAACUGUGUGAUGAUUACAGUGUUGCAGACAAAGAAUAUUACUUUGAUAGGAACCCUUCUUUGUUUAGAUAUGUUUUGAAUUUUUACUAUACAGGUAAACUGCAUGUCAUGGAGGAACUUUGUAUCUUCUCCUUCUGCCAGGAAAUAGAGUACUGGGGGAUCAACGAGCUGUUCAUUGAUUCUUGCUGUAGCAAUAGGUAUCAAGAAAGAAAAGAAGAAGGUCAAGAUAAGGACUGGGAUCAGAAAAGCAAUGACAGAAGCAUAGACUCUUCUAAUGAAGAAUCAUCCAUAUUUGAUAAAGAGCUGGAGAAAUUUGAUAAACUGUGGCUUGGUGAAAUACGAAAGAAAGUAUGGAUCAGAAUGGAAAACCCUGGGUACUGCUUAUCAGCCAAGUUAAUUGCAAUUUCCUCCCUGAGUGUAGUGCUAGCAUCAAUUGUAGCCAUGUGCAUCCACAGCAUGCCAGAGUUCCAAAGGUGGGAUGCCAAUGACAGAGAGAUUGAGGACCCUGUUUUGGAAGCCGUGGAGAUAGCGUGCAUUGUCUGGUUCACUGUUGAGUUAGUAAUAAGGCUCGCCGCAGCUCCAAGUCUAAAGAAGUUCUGGAAAAACCCUCUGAAUGUCAUAGAUCUUGUCUCUAUUAUUCCAUUUUAUGCUACCUUGGCUGUGGACACAAAGGAAGAAGAAAGCGAAGACAUUGAGAAUAUGGGGAAAGUGGUUCAGAUCCUACGGCUAAUGAGGAUAUUUCGCAUCCUGAAACUCGCAAGGCACUCAGUAGGACUGCGGUCUUUAGGUGCCACUUUGAGACAUAGUUACCACGAAGUUGGACUUUUGCUUUUGUUUCUAUCUGUUGGGAUUUCUAUAUUCUCAGUUUUGGUCUACUCAGUGGAAAAAGACGACGAUGAGUCAGAACUGCACAGUAUCCCGGUCUGCUGGUGGUGGGCAACUAUCAGCAUGACCACUGUCGGCUAUGGAGACACUUUCCCAGUCACCUUACUGGGAAAGUUCAUUGGUAGCAUUUGUAUUCUCUGUGGAAUAUUAGUGGUGGCCCUUCCAAUCACUAUAAUUUUCAACAAGUUUUCUAAAUACUAUCAAAAGCAAAAGGAUAUUGAUGUAGACCAGUCCAACAAUGAUCAGAAAGAGAAAUGUAAUGAGCUACCUUAUUUUAACAUUAGGGAUAUUUAUGCAAAAAGGAUGCACUCCUUCAUUUCUAGCCUUUCUUCAGUAGGGAUUAUAGCCAGCGAUCAAGAUUCAACAGACGCCUCGAGCAUCCAAGAUAUUGAGGAUGUUUAUAACAUGACAUCUGUAGAGAAUGGUACUGGAAAAUGAGUUGAAUCAUUUUCUCUUUCCUUUAUUUCUGUUUUCAGAUAUUUGGUUAAUGCAGAUUUAUAAACUCCAGUGAAUUUAAGAGCACUUAAUUCUCAGGGUACUUAACUCUCAGCCAUAUUUGGACAUUCUUUGCUCUCAUGUUGUGUCACAAGCUUUAUUGUUUAGAUGAGGCUUAAAAAUAUACCUCACAUGGCAAUUUAGUUUUUACAUGACUAGUGCUAUGCAUUUUGGGAGGGUGGGGUGGAAAAAGCUGAAAAAUGACAUAAAUUAAAUUGAAGUCUAAUGUUUGUUCCUGCGGCAGUCUCAUGAUUUAUACAGAAUGUGUUUUUGUAAUUUACUGCUGUUUAGGUAACUGCAGAUUGCUAAUAUGUAGGAAAUAUAGCACAAUUAAGUGAAGUUUCUACAUGCAAAUAUACUUGCAAAAAAAAAAAA